ACAGAGUGAAGGGACUGUCGCCAUGGCUGCGUCAAGAAAUCGCACAGUACGCACACAAGGUGACGAAGUUGAGGAUGCUCGCUCGCGUUGGGAUGCGUUAUUUGUAGCCGACGAUGUUAGGUCUUGAGCUCUGAAUAGGGUCGAGAUUGCAGCAGACCGAGACGGCGAUUCUGACGCUGAGUUUUCGACUGCUUCUCCCGUAUAUGAGCGCUGUCUACGCGUACAAGGUCCCGAUCGUGUGCUUAGAAUGUGCAACUUCGCACCCAUUGAGUUUGAACGGCUAUGGGAGCUCUCGAAAGAUCAUGUCUUAUCUAAAUGGGGCGUGGGAAGAGGCAAGAAGUACAAGAUAUCCCCAAAGGACAUGCUUUUCAUGAUGCUAGCUGCGCUGAAGCAUUGUGGAAACUGGGAAACAGUGUCAUCAAUGUUUGGCAUGGAUGCCUCGGCAUUUCAGAAGACGAUAAAGAAGUACAUGGACAUGUACGAACCCUUCUUGUACACGCACCUAGUCAAAGGACAGGAGGCACUCUGGAGCAUGAAGAAGAUAACGGUUACUUGGCACGCCUUUGCGAACUACCCGUGCGCUCGAUACGCAACUGACGUCACGUUCCAACCCACUAGAAACUUUCACGAGGUGAUGGAGUAUUUUAGCGGAAAACACAGACUGUACGGUCAUAAAGUAAAGGUUUCAGUGCUCCCGCUUAUCGUUGGACUACUCCAUGAAGAUCCUUCUCACCACCUCACGGUUCGCGAAGCGAGUAAGACCUCCAAGUGGGUAUUGAGCCCGAACAGCGGCGAGUUCGGCUGGCAGGUCUGCUUCCCGAGCGAAGAACCAUCAUUCUACUUCCAUCCUUUCACACGCGCAGAGUUCGAAGAUAUACUCCAGCUGUGCGACGAGACGCUUGCAGCAGACCCACCGCAUAUCGAAGUCGCUGGCUCGCUGUUAGGCUGGACAGUUCACCGAGCGUCACUCACACGAAGAGUCGAAGAUGGCUCGAUCAUCUCCCACACGAGGUUUACGAUGCGUGUAGCCUGCUCGCUGGAAGAACUGGACUCCGUGAUCGUCUCGUCCAGUCUCGAUUCAUGGCCGCUAAUAUGGACACCACCGAGCUGGGGAUACAAGGAGCGCAAGCAAGUAUGUUGUCAGGUGUUGCAAGAGUUCGAAACGGAUGCGUACGUCCUUGUCCACGACAUCCCUGGGCCCAUACGCUCCCGUUACAUCAGUUUAGCACGACGACUACCCAGACAAGACAGCGGGAAGCGGUCUAUCACGUACGUUAUGGUGAUCGCGGAUUCGGAAGCCAAGUCGAAAAAGUGCACUACAGACCAGGAGAAUGCCUGGCGCGGUAUCUGA